AUGGACGCUCCUGCAAAAGUCGUCAAGAAGCGUAUCAGGAAGCCCCGCGGCCGUGGCCUUCGCACUAAUACCGGCUGUCUCACGUGCCGCACCAGACACAAGAAAUGUGAUGAACGAAAGCCCCGAUGCGGCCCGUGUACUAAUUCGGACCGCGACUGCGUCUACCCCGGCGAUACCCGGCAGACUCCUUCCGAUAGAACUGGCCUGGCCAGUCCUGCAUCCAACUCAUCCCGGAUACAGCAUAUCCUUUGCUCGCCCCGAUCAGCGCCUCCUGGUCCUGUAGCACCGACGUUAGACUACGAUGCCACCAGUGGCCCGAGCCCGGAAACGCACAACAUCCUGGAUCCCGAGCUGGUGGCCCUCUAUCCGGAUACCCGUCCCCCAGACUAUUCUGGCUCUGUGCAGGCACUUCCAUCAGCGCAGAAUUCUGAGUCGGUCACGCCUGACGUCAAUCUCGACCACGCGAGCGCCCGGUGGCUGAACCUGCUUGCGACCGAUGCCGCCCAGGCCGGUGAUUUCAGCCUGCCCGCUUCAACUCCUCGAACGCGGCUCUCGCGUGGGUCGGUCAGCCACUACCGCGACAACGCCAGCACGGCGCCGCUAUAUUCUCCACAGCUCUCGGAAAGACAAGCAUGGCAAGCCGACUCGGAUAUUGCUUUAAGCAAGCACGAGGCUUCCCUCUUUAGAAAGUUUGCCGAGCACAUUGCCCUCCCACUCGACCUCUUUGACUGCCACAAACAUUUCUCCAGCUAUGCCACCCGGCUUGCGCUCCGAAAUGUCGGGCUCAUGAAAGCCAUCCUCGCUCUCUCGGCCCGCUACUCUUCACUAUCGCCGCCUACUCAUGAUAGCCAGGAACCCACUGAUCCAAACGAAGCCAUCCAAUUCUACUACGAAACCCUGCACUAUGUCUCCACCGCGCUCCAAUACAACUCCUACAAGCACAGCGAAGAGCUCCUCGCGACGGCUAUCGUGGUGAGCACGUACGAAAUGCUCGACGCGAGCGAACACAAUUCCAAUUGGCAACGGCACCUCAAAGGCGUUUUCUGGAUCCAACGGUCCCAAGACGUCAAUGGUGCGUCCGGGGGCCUCCGGCAGGCCGUCUGGUGGGCCUGGCUAAGGCAGGAUCUCUGGGCAGCUUUCCGCGAGCACCGCCGCUGUUUUAGUUUCUGGCAGCCCAUCGUCGACUAUCCGGAUCUAAGCGAGGAUGAACUCGCCUGUCGGUCUGUUUAUCUUCUCAGCCAGGCCGUCAACUACUGCACUGAGCCUCCACCGGAUCCCGAAGCGGCCGUGGACCCCGAGCAGAUUCGGCUGCGGACGGAGCGCGGGAACGAACUGAUGGACAUGCUGGAGCGUUGGCGCAGUUUUUCGGCCGGCGCCUUCAAGGCCUUUCCAAGUCCGAAUCGUGACGAGGUGCAUGGAUGGACGCCUAUCUGGAUCCAUCCGCCCGUGUUUGGGGUCGCAUUACAAGUAUACAGCUUCGCGAAAAUCCUCGUCUGCCUCCAUCGGCCGGUGACGACUGGCUUCGCGGGAUACCGUACAUUUCAGAAAAUACUGACCGACGCUGUGGCUACGAUCUGCGGCAUCGCCAUAGAGCUCACCGACCCAAGCUGUCAGAUCAUGUCGGCGCAGUGCUUAUUUGGCGCCGGGCUGUGUGUUCAGAGCGCGCCGCAGCAGGAAACCAUCAUUUCGUUAAUCCAGGCGUGUGAGAGGCGCACGGGGUGGCCGAUGGGUACGAUACAGGAUGAUUUGCGCAAGGAGUGGGCGAAAGUUGCUGAGGGGAAGAUUUCAUGA